AUGGCUGUCUCAGUCCGUGGCUUGUAUUUUGUCAUCACCCUGUUUUUGGGUAGUUUCUUUGGAAGUAUCUUCAUGCUGGGCCCAGUUUUGCCACUCAUGCUGCUCUCUCCUGCUCUCUACCGCUGGAUCACUGAUCGAAUCGUUGCUACCUGGCUCACACUGCCUGUGUCUUUGCUGGAGCUUGUGUUUGGGGUGAAGGUGGUGAUUACAGGUGAUGGCUUUAUUCCGGGGGAGCGAAGUGUGAUCAUCAUGAACCACCGCACCCGUCUGGACUGGAUGUUCCUGUGGUGUUGUCUUCUCAGGUACAGCUACCUUCGUCUGGAAAAGAUCUGCCUCAAGGCUGCACUCAAGGCUGUACCUGGUUUCGGUUGGGCAAUGCAGGUGGCCUGCUUUGUCUUCAUCCAGCGUCGCUGGGAAGUGGACAAGAAGCAUUUGGAAAACAUGCUGGACUACUUUUGUGACAUCAGCGAGCCCCUGCAGCUGCUGCUGUUCCCUGAGGGGACAGACCUCACCGAGAACACAAGAGCCAAGAGCGAUGUGUUUGCUGUUCAAAACAACCUGCCAAAGUUUGAGUAUGUGCUACACCCUCGCUCCACCGGAUUCACCUUUAUUGUGGAGAGACUGCGAAAAGGAGACAACCUGGAUGCCGUGCAUGACAUUACCGUGGCAUACCCCAAAAACAUCCCUCAGACAGAACGUCACCUCAUAUUGGGCCAGUUCCCGCGUGAGAUCCACUUCCAUGUCCGACGCUACCCCGUGUCGUCACUUCCCUCCUCCUCCUCCGACCUGGAGUCUUGGUGUCGCGAACGCUGGGCUGAGAAGGAGGUUCGCCUGCGGGACUUCUACUCAGGCAAGCCCCGCGGCUUUGACAGGGACGGGGUUGCACGCGUGCCACCUUGUAAGUCAGAGCUUCGAGUGGCUCUGAUCAAAGCCGCCUCACUGCUGUACUGGAGCAGCUUCAUUGCGUUCUGUUUCACCGGCCUAUGGCUCUGGGCUCCUUUUAGGCUGUAUGUCCUUGUCAUGGUUGGCGUAUAUAUGGGCCAGCAAAAGCUGGUCGGAGGGCUGGAGCUGCUGGAGUUGGCUUGCCACCGAUACUGGAAGUCCAGGGCUUCUGACACGGGAGAGACGAAAAAGGAGCUAGAUGGAAAGAUGCAGUAA